UUCACUUUUAGUAUAUCCUCUUUGACGAUUUGAAAACGAUCGCAUGUGAAUUGUGAUAUUGUUUAGAAAAUUAACAUUCAUUAACUGGCAAUAAUGUGAGUGUAUUUCCAAAACCUGCACAAUGAGUACACCAAAUGCAAGUGGUAAAACCAAUAGGAAGAACAAGAGUCUGACUGUUGAACAGAUCCAGGAGGACAACAUCACACAGCUGGCAAGUCAACAUUGGUCCAAGCAAGCAUUGGAAAAUGCUGUUCCAUUUAAGACAGAGAUUGUUGAAAAAGUUUUCCAAGAUGAGUUGCUGGCGUCCAAAUUUUCUACAAGAAGAACCAUGUUGUUAGAGUUUAGUCAGUACCUUGAGAAUUAUUUAUGGCCAAACUUCAUGAAGAAAAAGGGUCAUGCACACACAAUGUCCAUCAUAUUGAUGGUGAAUGAAAAAUUUAGAGAAAGAGUACCCCCAUGGGAAUCUUUCAAACAGCAUCCAGAGAAUUUUAGAGCUUUCAUACAGAGUACCUUGGAAACUUGUUUAGAUGAGAGAACAUCACUUCGAGAGUUGUCUGUUUUACUCAUCUUCCUCAUCCAUUGUUUUAAUAGUUUGGAGGUGGAUCUAAUCAGAGAACAAAUACAGAAACUGGUGUCCCUGCCCAUCUGGAGCAAUAUUCUGCCGGGGAAGAGAGAUGAGAUUUUUAAAAGCAACCCAAAAUAUAAGAAGUUUUUCAACUUGAUUAAGAAGAAUGAUGCCAAGCUUUCAAAGGAAGAGAUGGAAAAGGUGACCUUUGAGAGAGGUUUUCUGUACAACAUGAUAAAGAAAUUUAUAGGUGUACUGGAAACUAUACCCCUAAAAGGAGAGGUAGCAGGUUCCAAGACUAAUUUCUGUGAGAGAUUCCUGGAGUUGAUGAUUGAUAUUGAGGCCCAGCUUCCCACUAGACGGUUCUUCAACGUUCUUCUGGAGGACUGUCACCUGGUGGUCAAAUGUCAACUAUCCAAUCUCAUAAAGAGGUCAGAGGGCAAGCUGUUUGGACAGUUGUUGGAGAAGUUGAAGAGUUACACAGAAUUUGAAAUCGAUGACAUCACAGGAGAGGCCCUGACUAUGCAUGAUAGGAUUGAUAUUCAUUAUGAUAGGGUACUACAGCUACAGAAAGUGGCUUUCAAGCAUUUUCCAGACCUGCACAAAUUUGCCAUUGCCAAUGUCGCUAGUGUGGACACCCGUGCAGCUCUGACAAAGUACUUUAAAUCUCUGAGCAAUGUGGAUCUUCAUAGAAUCCUUACCCACAUUCAUCAGCUGCCUUCUGUUGAGAAAGAGGAGGAGUGUGUGUCAGAUGUCGACUAUCUAUUGGAACUCCUGAUAUCUCGACAUGAAAAGAGAAAAUCUCAGCAGGAGAGAGUGAAUGAAAUGCCCCUUUAUCCUACAGAAAAAAUCAUUUGGGAUGAAAAUAUUGUUCCUGUGGAAUAUUACUCUGGGGAAGGUUGUUUGGCCUUACCCAAGCUCAAUCUGCAGUUCCUGACUCUUCACGAUUAUUUACUGAAAAAUUUUGACCUCUUUAGGCUGGAGUCUACAUAUGAGAUACGUCAAGAUAUAGAAGAUGCAGGAUCACAUCUCAAACCAUGGCGGUCAGAAGAUGGGAACUGUUUGUUUGGUGGAUGGGCUCGGAUGGCACAACCUAUCGUGGGCUUUAAUGUUGUGGAGGUGGCUAAGCCAAGAGUUGGGGAAUCUCACCCAGCACAGGUCCGAGCAGAUAUCACAAUAAAUCUGGGUGUCAGACCACAAAUUAAAAAAGAAUGGGAAGGUCUGAGGAAGCAUGACGUGGCUUUCCUAAUUACCCUGAGGCCCACAGUUCCAAUCCACCACCGAUACAAUUACAAGGAGCCCUUCAUCCCACAAGUGGGGCUGACCUUCGUCCGGGGCUGUGAGGUGGAAGGCAUGUUGGAUAUGGAAGGAAAAGUCAUUGAGGAGGGACCAGAGCCAAAACCAAAUUUACCUGGUGAUACUCGGACUUUCCGGGUGUGGCUGGAUCCAAACCAGUACCAGCAGGAUAUGACCAGAACUAUGGAUGGUGCAGAGGAUGUGUAUGAGACAUUUAAUGUGAUUAUGAGGAGGAAGCCCAAAGAGAACAAUUUCAAAGCUGUCUUGGAGACCAUACGGGACUUGAUGAACACCGAAUGUGUUGUACCGGACUGGUUACAUGACCUGAUACUCGGUUACGGACAACCAGAUGCUGCUCACUACUCAAAGUUGAGUACUACGAUUGAGACUUUGAACUGGAAUGAUACUUUCCUGAACAUUGAUCAUCUAAAGGCCAGCUUUCCGGGUUACGAGUUUGAAAUGACCUCCAGUAAGCAUGUACCACCAUUCAGGUUAACAUUUCCCAAGCAACAGGAGCCUGUCACAGCAAAGAGAAAAGCAGUCGAGGAGGAGCCUUCUCCUCCCAAGAAAAUCAUUGUGCACCCUCAUGUCAUUGAAAACAGGGGACCCUACCCAUACAAUCAACCAAGAAAAAAUCAGAUCCCAUUUACUCCAACCCAGAUUGAGGCUGUGCGGUCAGGCAUGCAGCCGGGGCUGACCAUGGUUGUGGGACCCCCAGGGACAGGGAAGACUGAUGUUGCCGUACAGAUCAUCUCCAACCUUUAUCAUAACUUCCCAGACCAGCGUACACUGAUUGUCACCCAUUCCAAUCAGGCCUUGAACCAGCUGUUUGAGAAAAUUAUGGCUCUGGACAUUGACGAGCGACAUCUUUUACGUUUGGGUCAUGGAGAAGAAGCCCUGGAAACCGAGAAAGAUUUCAGCAGAUAUGGUCGUGUAAAUUAUGUUCUGGCUCAGAGACUAGAACUUCUGGAGGAGGUGGCUAGAUUACAGAGCAGUUUAGACGUCCAGGGCGACAUGUCUUACACGUGUGAAACAGCCAGCUACUUCUAUCUCUAUCAGGUGUUGUCGCGAUGGGAAGAGUAUCAGAGCAAGCUCAGAAACCAGAAGGAAAAGACAACCAGCAUCAUUAAAGAUGAGUUUCCUUUUACCAAGUAUUUUGCAAAUGCCCCUCAGCCAAUAUUUAAAGGAAGGUCUUAUACAGAGGACAUGGAUAUGGCAGAGGGCUGUUUUCGACACAUCAAGAAAAUAUUCACCCAACUGGAGGAGUUCCGAGCCUUUGAGUUGUUGAGAAGUGGUGCUGAUAGAGCAGAAUACCUGUUGAUAAAGGAAGCUAAAAUCAUUGCCAUGACUUGUACUCAUGCAGCGCUGAAGAGGAGAGACCUUGUGUCUGUUGGAUUUAAGUUUGAUAACAUUUUGAUGGAGGAGUCAGCACAGAUUCUUGAGAUCGAAACUUUCAUCCCAUUGUUGCUUCAGAAUCCUGAAGACAAUAAUAAUCGCCUAAAGAGAUGGAUCAUGAUUGGAGACCACCAUCAGCUGCCUCCAGUCAUUAAGAAUAUGGCAUUCCAGAAAUUCUGUAACAUGGAACAGUCACUCUUCACACGUCUUGUCAGACUUGGUGUUCCAACCGUUGACCUUGAUGCUCAAGGCAGAGCAAGGCCAGGGAUAGCAAGUCUGUACAACUGGAGAUACAAGAAGCUAGGAAGUCUGUCGCAUGUCAUGGUCAACUCUGAAUACAAAAUGGCUAACCCGGGCUUUGUAUUUGACUAUCAGCUAAUUGAUGUUCAAGACUUUAAUGGUGUGGGAGAAUCAGAACCCAAUCCUUUCUUCUACCAGAAUUUAGGGGAGGCCGAGUGCGUGGUGGCCACAUUCAUGUACAUGAGACUCCUAGGAUAUCCUGCAGAAAAAAUCUCCAUUUUGACAACUUACAAUGGUCAGAAACACCUUAUCAGGGAUGUGAUCAGACAGAGAUGUGGUAGAAAUCCAUUUAUAGGUAACCCACACAAGAUUACAACAGUAGAUCGCUAUCAGGGUCAACAAAAUGAUUUCAUUCUCCUCUCCCUCGUCAGAACUAAGACAGUCGGUCAUUUAAGAGAUGUGCGACGUUUAGUGGUGGCCAUGUCCAGAGCUAGACUUGGACUGUAUGUGUUUGCCAGGGUCUCUCUAUUCAGCAACUGUUUUGAACUCACCCCUACAUUUAACAAGUUAAUGGCCAGACCACUACAGCUUCAUAUUGUUCCAUCAGAAGUUUAUCCAGGUUCAAGAAAGAUGCACGAACCAAUUAAAGGAGAAGCCAUGAUAAUGAAAAACAUGCCACACCUGGCUCAGUUUGUUUUUGACUUUUACAACCAGAGGAUCAACAGUUUGAUGUCUCAGCAGGAGGGAGGCCGAAACACACAGGCUGUGCCUCUGGAGAAUCCACCUGAAAGUGAACAACCAAUGGACAUGCAGGAAACCAAAGUGAAAACAGAAGGGGGAGAGAACUCCAGUUAAUUAGAACUCUUAUCUCUUCAUUUAUAAAUAUCAUCACUGGAAUUCAUUCAUUCAUAUCAGCAGUGGAAAGUGCCUGUAUUUCUCUUGUCGAGUUAAUACAAUAAAGUGAGAACACACUGUAAACCAUUCAUUCAUUAUGCGUGGAAUGAUUGUCACAAGAAGUAUGGGCAUGUUGAUGAAACUAACAACAUUUGGUGAUCAAAGGCAAAUUGGACAGAAUGCAGGAAAAAUAUGAAUAUACAUAUCUCUUUCUGUUGUAAAUUCCUAAACCUUUGAAGCAGAUUGCUGCAAAGUCAUUUAAUGACCAUACACUUUUUUAAUGAACAUAAAAUCUAGCAGAGAGAGAGAAAGAGGGAGAGAGAGAGGGGUUUCAUUCAUUGAGCAUUAAUUUGGUAUUUGAAUUAAAUAAUAUUUAAGAUAUCUCCAAAUUCCAGUUGAAUUCACUUCAUUGACAUCACCAAUGGACAGUGAGACAAGAUGUCAGAAGAGUGCAUAAUAAACAUUGGAACAAUGAACAUGUCAAUUCAAAUCAUUUAGUUAAAGAUGAAUAACACAUUGUUAGAAUGGCCAACUUCCUUGUGCAUGAUAAAUACCGGUAGAUAUUAGCAAUAUGUUUCUGUCUUUUGAAUCUAUACCCAAACCAGUUAGGUCAGUAGGUUAGUGCCUGUAGCUGCCUAUCUUGAAGAGAUUUUCACACACACCAUAAUUUUCUAAAACUGAGCGAGUGUUUUUUUUGUGUGUGAUCUAUACAUCCUUAAAAUUUUCCACAAGUAGCAUCUCUGUUCUGUGCAAAACACAUGCCUUCAGAAAUUUACACAUUUUGUUUAAGGGAAGUUUAUAAUAAUAGGAAUUUGUUUAAUUGAAUUAGAGAGCUCUCUACUCAGAGUUGAAGAUAUCCUAUUAUUCAUUUGAAGGUAUAUUUCUAAUUAUUUCAAGAUAUCUCCAAGGAAUUAGAGAGCUAUAAAUAUUACAGUUUGUAUGUUAAUUUGGUGUCAGUUUUGAGAUAUAAUGCCAAUAAUUACACAUAUUUGUUUAAGGAUCAGAGAUAAUAUGAUGCACACUUUCGAGAAGCAUACAUAUAUUGAAAUUUGAUGAAGAAAUUUAGAAAAUUUUUGAAUUGUUAAUGUUUAUGAUGCUACAAAUCCCCAUGACUACAGAGAGUAAAGAAUUCAAUAUUA